AUGGAGCAGCAGAUGCUCGUACCGAAGCGCUCGGCAAGGUGCCGCGUCCCGUCGUGCAGUGCGUGGAACGGCAGUCGGCUGAAGACGCCAUCACCGACGAACAUCAGCCCAGCCGCACCGCAGAGGUCCGCCUCCAGCGGAGCAAUGAAGUUGUCGUGCAGCAGCCGCAGGCAGUACAUGGUAUCGGUGCGCAGGGACUCUACCCGCUUCGCGUUGUCAGCACUCUGCUGGAAGUCAAAGGCGACCUUUGAGUACAUCUGCGGCCACAGCGGUGUGUCGCCGUAG